CUGAAUGCGUACGGAACUGUCUCGAGGAGGAGGAGGACGAGACGAGCACUCGCAGCAUCAGCAACACACACAUUCACAUACACAAAGAGGUCAGCUCGCGUGCUGCGACUUGAAUGGAAGAUAACCGAGUGCCGCGAGACACAAUAAAGCAAGCAUAGGGACUGAUCGCUGUGCCGUGACACACGCGGGAGAGCACCAAGGAGCAGCAACCAAGCUUUGUAAAUCAAGGUGCAGAAGGUUGAAUCCAUGUUCCCUAAGGUUUUCCUUCAGUGGUAUGCAGCUCUUUCCAGCUGUGCGGCUGAAUUAGAGCGGCGACGGCAGGGCAAACUCCAGCCAUUCAGGCGCCUAUUUGGUAAAAAAAAAAAGGGAAGCAGAACGUGGGUUUGAGGGAUCUGAACUUAAACCCAGCCAUUCCACUGAUAAUGUCUGCAAUGGGGUGGCCACAGUUAAUGAAGAGAACAAUCAGUAUCUAAGGGAGUUAAACACCCUAGGGUCCCGAGCUUUUUCACAUGAGAGUGUAUUUAUCCCUGAGGAGUCAGAUAAGACCCAUCCAGGACAGACAAUGUCCCAGGAAAACGUUUCAGACAAAGUCAAGAACAUUCAGAAGCAAAUUGGACAUAAUAUCAAAUUUGGUCAGAGACCCCCAUCACUUAGAAAGAGUGAGGGAGAUGAAGGUAGCUCGGAUGAGGAAGAGGUACCACAAAGUCCGUUGAGGGUUCUUGCUCAGGUGGAGAAUGAACCACAGGAGACUGAAGCCAAGGAAAUAGCUGUCAGCCAUGACAAGGUCCAGCACAGAACUCCAGUCAAAUCCCCACGCUCUAAGCGCCCACCUCCCCCUGGCACAAUUGAGUCCAUCAAUCUAGAUGCUGUCCCUCAGUCUGUCCCACGCUUGGACAAUACUGCUGCCAAACACAAACUCUCUGUCAAACCGAAGAACCAGAGGGUAUCUCGCAAACACAGAAGGUUUACACAGGAGUUUCACGAGGAGGAUCUCUCUGAAAUGCAAGAGGAAUAUGAAACACAAAAAGACGAAGAAGUGUUUGAUUUGUCAAGAGAGGAGUAUAACAUUAUCCAUAGCAGCGAAGGAGAUUAUGAACCUACUGAGAAAUCGGUGAGGCGGCAGUUUCAUGAGGAGGAGUUAGAACGCCUUGAGCUUCAGAAGAGGGAACAAGAGGAAGAAAGAAAGAUGGAGGAACAACAAAGGAGAAUCGAGGAGCAGAGGCUAGAAGAAGAAAAGUGGCGUAGAGAGGAAGAGGAAAGACUGCAAAGAGAGGAAGAGGAGAGGAAGCAGCGAGAAGAAGAUGAGAGGAAAAAAAGGGAAGAGGAAGAUAGGAGGAGAGAAGAGGAAGAGCAAAGAUUAAGAAUUGAAGAAGAGCGAAAGAGGCAAGAGGAAGAGAAAAGAAUGCAGAAAGAGGAAGAGGAAAGAAGAGCAGAAGAGAGACGGCAGCAGGAACUUGAGGUGGAGCGUCUCCGUAUAGAAGAGGAAAGAAAAAGAGAGCAGGAGGAGAGGAGAAGAAAAGAGGAAGAGGCAGAACAGCGAAGGAUUCAGGAGUUAGAGGAGAAACGGAAGAGAGAGGAAGAGGAACGUGUCCAUGAGGAGGCUGAGAGGAAAAGACUACAGGAAGAGGAGGAAAAAAAGAGUCAACAGCCAGAAGAGACAGCUGGAGCUUCUGACCCAGAAUGGAAAAGAAAAGCAGAGGAACUGAGAUGGAGAGAGAUGGAGGAGAGACAGAGACCCUUCACUUUCAAGGUCUCCUCAGGCGAGAAGCAGAUACUCUUCCAGAAGGUUAACCUCACUCCGGUUACUCCAACAACUGGCCAACAGGGCGAAACAAUCGCUGAAACCAAGGAGGGAGCAAAAGCUUCUUCACCAGGAUGCACAGAUUCACCAACUCGGUCUUCAUCUCUUUACGUCCCACAUACUGCAAUUCUUGUGACAGGAGCCCAACUUUGUGGAACUGCAGUCAAUCUCGAUCAAAUCAAGGACACAGCCUGCAAGUCACUUCUUGGCCUUUCGGAGGGCAAAAAAGCCAUGGGCACUCAUCCAACCAAGAUCAAGACAUCUCCAGACGAUAAAUAGAAAACCAAAUCCUUUUAUGAGUCUUCCCUAUCUGCAGACCAAUCCAACGCUGCCGUCCUGGCAGAAUGGGCAACUAUCCGAUCCAAAAUUUUUAAAGGUGCUGAAGAGGGAAAAUAUCCCGAAUACCCGGAUCAGAGUCGCAGGCCGAUAAGUGAGGAUCUAAAUACAGUGCCAUUUUCUCACACCAACCUCAGGAAAACCAUGUCAGCGAGUGCUAAGUUUUCCAUCACACCAGCCAGGAAGAAAUUUCCUGAUUCCAACAGGAACUCAGAGUUUUUUGGUCAGGAUGAAGAUGUGAAAGUAGAAUCGGCAUCUAUGGAAACUCCCUUCGUCCAAAAAGUAGAGUUGCUGUCUUUAGGUACCAAGAUCCAGAGCAGGGGAAGCAAGGUUGUUCGCAUCGCAGAUAGUGCUGAAGAAUGCAUGUUUGCCAAAGACCUCCCCUCCUUUCUCGUUCCCAGUCCGCCACAUGGAUCUCCCAAGUCGCAGAGAUCCGAGACUGGCUCCCCAAGUCAGGCAGAAUCAGAAGAUUCAGACACAAAGAAUGAAGGUGAUCAGAAGGAUCAGGGUGGUGAUGAGCAGCCCUCACCGUUUGGAAUUAAACUGAGAAGAACCAACUACUCUCUUCGCUUUCACAAUGAACAAUCAGCAGAGAAGAGAAAGAAAAGGUACAGUGCUGGAGACAGUUUUGAAGGUGUCCCAGUGCCCCUCACCUCCAUUGACCAAGACCCUGAUACUUCUACAGUCUUGGAAAGGUCUAGCCCUGUUUCUCCACAACAAGAGAUUGUUGAAUUUCGUACCUCUGUAGCAUCCAAUAAAGAAUUUCGAAGCAAGUUUAGCAAAAGUACUCUCCCUUUGGUACAUACUGAAGGUGAUAACUUUGCCCCCAAACUUCCACUUUACCAAAAACCAGCUACUUCCCCUAAACCAUCUGAAGGUGCCACUCCUCCACCCUCUCCUCUCCCAAAGCCUGGCAGAAGGACUUCAGGAGACAUUAUUUCACAAAGGACAGGGGAAACAGAACAGAUAGCUACAGAGAAGAGCAGUGACCAUAAAGAAGUUGCAGUAUCUGCUCAAUCCCAGAAAAAUGGACAAGGAGAGGAGUUUAAAGAAAAGAAGUCAUUUUUUCCAUCCAUCAGCAUCCCAUGGAGAGAAAAAACAGAUCGCAGGACAGAACUCAUUAAAAAAGAAAAACCCUCUCUGCAGGCUAGGCACUCUCUGGACAGCUCACGGACACAGGAGAAAGAGGCAGGACCACUUUGGAUCACCCUGGCACUGCAAAAACAGAAAGGCUUCAGAGAACAGCAACAAAACCGCGAGGACAGGAGAAGCCAGAGAGAGGCUAAGCUGGCUGAGAAACAAGCUAGGGACAAAGAAAGCGCUGAAAUGGUCAGUCCCACAGAAGAUAAAGGUAAUGGAAGUUCCAGCCCGCCCAAACCUCAAACAGCAGAUGAGAAUAAAAGACCAGACACACUCCUGGCCCGUUUUGAACGACGCGACAACUUGAAGAAAGCCAAUACCUUGCCCAGUUCAGUCACAGUGGAAAUAACAGACUCAACACCAUCUCCGCCAGCAACAAAGGAUGUGACCAAGCGCUUACCUCCUGGUGACACUACCCAGGUUUCUACCGAGCCAGCCUGGCUUGCCCUAGCCAAGCGUAAGGCCAAAGCCUGGAGCGACUGCCCACAGAUCAUCAAGUGAUACAUUACUACUGACCCAGUGAAAAAGAAAACAAGUCUUUUCUCCUUCAUCCACAUCAGUCAACCAUCACUGCACUCCAGCUCACAUCUGGCUCUGAAUGAAAAGUCCAUAAUAAGCAAUCAGACAUUUACGAAUAAUUGUUUUUUUAAGUUUAACUUUUUUUUUUUUACAACAAAGACAAAAUAUUGUACUAAUAUUCGGACUGGACACAGAUACAGACAUCAAUGCCAACCCAAAUGGGUUUUCAAAAUAGGAUUAUUGCAAUAACAUCCACCAACGGUAUGUUUAUUUAAUUUUGUGUUGCAGCCAAUCAAACAAGCCCUAGAAUCUUCAUCAAGAAGUUGCAGCCCUUUAUAUCUUUGUAGUCGCCAGUGGUCCUGUUAACUGUCUACAAUGCAUGUCAAACUGUUGAUACUAAAUAUUACUAAAACAAAAUAAGCGGUUCACAUUCAGUAUAAAUGUAACAUUUCAAAUAAGUCAAGACAGUUAUUACUUUGGUGACAAUUUUGGGAAGUAUUUCAAGGGCUAACAAUAACAGUGGUUGAAACCAUCAGAAAUCUCUCCUCCCACCUACAAGCAUGUAAAGCGGAGAAACUGUUUUGUAAUUUGGUGGGAUUUUUUUUCUAUGUACACUAAAUUGAGUUGGCACCCAUAGACAUUGUCGUUGGACAAACGUGGUCAUUUUUUUAUUUCUUAACUUAUUAUAUUUGAUAUCUUGGCAAAGUAAAAAGAUCUUCACUGUGUCCGUGACAACUGUGAGUAUUGUCAUUUUAACUAUUGCUUAAAAAUUAUUAUUAUAAUGACACGUCAGCACUGUUUACUCAUGUUAUUAACUAACAUUGAAUUUUUCCUUCAAGUUUCAAUGACAAUAUAGGAUAUAUGCACUUGAGCCAUGCUGUCAGUUGAUGAAAAAAUCUACUUCUUGCAGUGUCCAUACCCGUCUGUUUCUGUAGAACUGCCUGCUUGCUGUAUCAUAACAAUGCUAUCCUUGCGUAGCGUGUGCUAGCAUCACUUUUACAGCUAAUUAACAAAACCCACGACACAACUAAGUGAUGGGAGAUCGGUGUUUCAAAUGCAAUGUCCAAGGGGGGAUUUAGAAAAGAGGUCUAAGCCAAUGAAAUUGCCCCUAACAGAAAAAAGGGAACAUUUUCAGUGAGUGAACGGACUAUACAGACUAUACUGGCAUCACCUCUACGUCCUUGAAUAAGGCAGCUAACCCCAGAUCACUCCAGGGGGGAUUGUCCUUGUAGGUGAACUGUAAGUCGUUCUGGAUAGAAAGCGUUUGCUAAAGGAUGGAAGAUAUUAAAUGGAAACCUUGAUCUCUCAGCAGAGCCAUUGACUCCACUAUCUAAUGUAAUGUAUGUAUGUAGGUAUGUAUGUAUGUAUAGAGGUGAAAUGAAACGGACUGUAUUGAUUUUGGAGAUCUCCUGAACUGCAGUCACGUCACUUUGUUUUUACAUUGGUCGUGUGCAAUAGCAUAGCGCAAACAGUGUUGUAUGUGAUAUGAAACAAAAGGUUUGUUGAUAUUGCACUUAUUUUGUUCACUUUAGAAAAAUCCAUUAAAGAAAAGGUGACGCAAAUGUUAUGAAAUAUGUAGAGAAAAUAAAAGAAAGCUGUUUGAACUCGG